AUGGCCUGCAGGAAAAAGGUGUGUUGUGGUGCUUCUGUUCUGGAGGUGACGCUGGCCGUCCUGUUCACUCUCAUGACGGCCGUUAGCAUAACACUGAUCGCAGUGAUGGCUACCCGGAAAACAGACACAGGCCCGGAGCCGACCCUUCCUCCAAGUCCGGAGCCGACCCUUCCUCCAAGUCCAGAGACUCCACACAAACCCUACCUGAUUGGGGUGGGCCGAGCCGACUGCACCGGGCCUCCAGCUGAAAUCCCUCUGAUGGGUUAUGCCAGCCCUGAUCAGACGGCUGCAGGCAUACACACUCGCCUGUACAGCCGAGCCUUCGUCAUCGACGACGGGAGGCGGAGAGUCGUGUUCGUCACCGCAGAUGUAGGAAUGAUAUCACAAAGGCUACGACUGGAGGUUCUGCAGGCGCUGAAGGUGAAGUAUGGGGAUCUGUACCGACAAGAUAACGUAGUUCUGAGUGGGACUCACACUCAUUCUGGACCGGCCGGAUUCUUCCAGUACACACUGUUCAUGAUCACCAGCAAAGGUUACAUCAAGGCGUCCAUCGAGCCGCUGGUCAAAGGCAUCGUCAAGAGCAUAGACAUAGCCCACGGUAGCAUGAAGCCGGGCAGGAUUUACAGGAGCCGAGGAGAGCUGGACGGCAGCAGCCUGAACAGAAGUCCUCACUCCUACCUGAAUAACCCUGAGGACGAGAGACACAGGUAUAAGUGGAACACAGAUAAACAAGUGUUGGUGCUGAAGUUCACGGGUCUAGACGGAGACGGGAUCGGUAUGCUCAGCUGGUUCGCCGUCCACGCCGUCAGCAUGAACCUCACCAACCGCAUGGUGAGCAGCGACAACAUGGGCUACGCCUCCUACCUGCUGGAGCAGGACAAGAACCGUGGACAGCUACCUGGACAGAAAGGAGACUUCGUUGCUGGCUUUUCCUCCAGUAACCUUGGUGAUGUCAGUCCGAACACUAAAGGGCCUCACUGUGCAAACACCGGACUGCCCUGUGACUACCUGAACAGCUCCUGUCCUGUUGGAGGGACUAAGAUGUGUAAGGCGUUUGGACCGGGAGACGACAUGUUCGACAGCACGAGAAUCAUCGGACACAACAUCUACAGUAAAGCCAAGGAGCUUUAUGCUAACGCAGUAGAAGAGGUGACUGGCUUCCUUCACUCGGCUCAUCAGUGGGUCAACAUGACGGAUGUAACAGUUCAGAUCAACGACACACACACGGUGACCACAUGUCCACCAGCUCUGGGUCACAGCUUUGCAGCAGGAACAACAGACGGAGGAGGAGAUCUCAACUUCACUCAAGGUGAUUCUACCGGUGACCCGUUCUGGGACGGGAUCAGAGACGCCAUCCUGGGCAAACCGUCCAAUCAGACGCAGGCGUGUCAUCAUCCCAAACCGAUCCUGCUCAACACCGGAGAGAUGAACUGGCCUCUGCCGUGGCAUCCUCAGAUCGUAGACGUCCAGAUGAUCACCAUCGGCUCGGUGGCUGUCGUAGCUGUUCCUGGAGAGAUGACCACCAUGUCGGGACGAAGGAUACGAGAAGCCGUCAAACAGACCGUAGAGAAACCCCAGGGCCAGCUCGGGUACACGUCCAUCACAGUGGCUAUCUCCGUAAACCUUAAAUCGGCUGUUUUCUCCAUGGAGUCUGGUUCCAGACCGUAG